CAACAUGACGCAAUUUAGAUAGUAAUCUGCCUUCCUGUUAUUGCUACCAAAGUGGAUAACCUCACAUUUAUCUGCAUUAAACUUCAUCUGCCAUGCAUCUACCCACUCCCCCAACCUGCCACCCUGCAGUCUCAUAGCCUCCUCCUCACAGUUCACACUGCCACCCAGCUUUGUGUCAUCUGCAAAUUUGCUAAUGUUACUUUGAAUCCCUUCAUCCAAAUCAUUGAUGUAUAUUGUAAAUAGCUGCGGUCCCAGCACCGAGCCUUGCGGUACCCCACUAGUCACUGCCUGCCAUUCUGAAAGGGACCCGUUAAUCCCUACUCUUUGUUUCCUGUCUGCCAACCACUUCUCUAUCUAUGUCAGCACUCUACCCUCAAUACCAUGUGCCCUCAUUUUGCCCACUAAUCUCCUAUAACACCAUCCUGGCCACACACCCAUCUCCCCGGUACCUUCAGGUAGAAGGUACAGGAGCCUGAAGACUGCAACAACCAGGUUCAGGAAUAGCUACUUCCCCACAGCCAUCAGGCUAUCAAACCUGGCUCGGACAAAACUCUGAUUAUUAAUAGCCCAUUAUCUGUUAUUUGCACUUUAUCAGUUUAUUUAUUCGUGUAUGUAUAUGUCUUCUAAUUUAACAGUGGCAGCGUUCCAUGUUUUUGCUGACACGUGAAAUCCAGUAACAAUAAGUAAUUCCUGGGAAUACCCGCCCUUGUUUUGUUCUUUCAAUGUUAUGCAAUGAGGUUACCAUGUUAUGAAGCUGCUGUGUGGUGUAUUCUCCUCAGUUGAAGCUCUCACUCGUCUACGCAUUAGACCAGUGGUUCCCAACGUGGGGUGUACGCCCCACAGGGGGGCAAUUUGAUUUUUAAGGGGGGCAAUUGAGCGCCACUGAGGAGGUCUGGGUCCAAAUUUUCGAUUUUUAUUUUUUUGGAUUUUCCAUCAGAAUUUGAUCGCAAGUGGGAAGUGGGCAAGAGUUAUUUCCACAUUAGAAUCGACCGUACAGCAGAGUAACUGCCAGCGAGAUGAAGACCCUGUUCCUUCUCUGUGUUUUGUUCACCGUCGCGAGCCUUCGGACUUACUCCAAAUGUGAGCUAGCCCGUGUCUUUCAAAGUUACGGGUUGGAUGACAUUCCCGGCUACAGUUUGGCAGACUGGGUAUGCAUGGUGCAAUACGAAAGCAGCUUCAGGACCAAUGCUUUGCGACACAACAGGAGAAUUGGCAGAGUUGAUUCCACAAAUUACGGACUGUUCCAGUUCAACAGUCGCUGGUGGUGUGCCGAUGGAAAAAUGGGAAAUUCACGUAAUGGUUGUAAACAACACUGCACACAGUUUGUCGACAAUAACAUUGCAGAUGAUAUCACAUGUGCAAAGAGGGUGGUAAAAGAUCGACAAGGAAUGGAUGCCUGGUACGGUUGGAAGAAACAUUGCAAGGGAAAGGUUGACAAUUAUCUGCAGGAGUGCAACCUCUAGACAACAACUGGCCCGUGGGGUUGUGACCACUUUCAGGAAACAACCCCUGACUAACGCCAGUUACUCCGCAUUUCUGAAAUCUCAACAAAUAAACAACAAAUUAAUUGAUUUCCCAGAGAUGUUUAUUGGUGUUGUUGUGUCAUCAUUUUCUCUGCAUUUGCCUGGUGUGGGUUAGAGUUUAGUUUAUUGUCACGUGUACCAAGGUACAGUGAAAAGCUUUUGUUGCGUGCUAACUAGUCAGCGGAAAGUCAACACAUGAUUACAAUCGAGCCGUCCACAGUGUACAGAUACAGGAUAAAGGGAAUAACGUUUAAUGCAGGAUAAUGUGCAGUAAAGUCGGAUCAAAGAUAAGCCAAGGGUCACCAAUGAGGUAGAUGGGAGCUCAGGACCACUCUCUAGUUAGUUGUAGGAUGGUUCAGUUGCCUGAUAACAGCUGGGAAGAAACUGUCCCUGAAUCUGGAGGUGUGCGUUUACACACUUCUGUACCCUAAGCCCGAUGGGAGGGGGGAGAAGAGGGAGUGGCCGGGGGUGAGACUGGUCCUUGAUGAUGCUGCUGGCCUUGCCGAGGCAGCGUGAGGUGGAGAUGGAGUCAAUGGAAGGGAGGUUGGUUUGUGCGAUGGUCUGGGCUGCGUCCACAACUCUCUGCAUUUGCCUGGUGUAGGUUUAGAACUUGCUGUCACUGUGUGACGGGAUCCCGACUCGAAACACUGCCUCUCCGUGGCCUCUACAAAUGCUGGCUGUCCCACUGAGUUACUCCAGCACUCUGUGUCGUUUAAUAUAUUCGUGCAGAGUUCAAGCUCCUGAAGGUUGUUGGGAAGUAGCUGUUCCUGAACCUGGAGGUCGCGGUUUUCAGGCUCCUGUACCUUCUUC